AGCUCUAACGAAAAUGCCGUUUGGUUCUCUGCGUGUGCCGUGAAUCUAAACUCGGAAUCGCUCCUGCUCCUCGGCUGAUGUCACCGACACGCUCCUCUCGCCGCCGCGGCCGCCGCCUGUAGGUUCUAGCGAUCCACCGAUGGCGAGGCCGGCGGUGAAGGCGCUGCCGCCCAAGCACCUCGUGGCGCUCGCCGUCGUCGCCAUCCUUGGACUCUUCCUAGUCGCCGACUACCUCUGGGCCUCCUCCCGCUCCGCUGCCCCCUCCAUCUGGCCCUCGAGGCUCGAUAUCUCCACUCGCCCCACGGCGUCGCCGCCGCCCUCGGAGAAGCAAACAAAGGGCAAUACAUCUACAGGUUCCAUGGACAUAAGUGCCACUUUUGCGGAUUUGCCAGCACCAGAAUUGCAGUGGAAGCAGAUGGCUGAAGCACCGGUACCACGUUUGGACGGUGCUGCUAUACAGAUUAAGAAUCUCUUAUUUGUGUUUGCUGGAUAUGGCACCAUUAACUAUGUGCAUUCUCAUGUGGAUAUUUACAAUUUCUCGGAUAAUACAUGGGGAGGAAAGUUUGAUAUGCCAAAGGAAAUGGCACAUUCACAUCUGGGGAUGGUUACAGAUGGAAGAUAUAUUUAUGUAGUAACUGGACAAUACGGCCCUCAGUGUAGGGGGCCUACAGCUCGAAAUUUUGUGUUGGACACUGAAAGAAAAGAAUGGCAUGAUUUGCCUCCACUGCCAGUUCCUAGGUAUGCUCCAGCCACACAACUUUGGAGAGGGAGGCUUCAUGUGAUGGGUGGUAGUAAGGAGGACAGACAUGAACCUGGACUUGAACAUUGGAGCCUCGCAGUUAAGGAUGGGAAAGCAUUGGAGCAAGAAUGGAGGAGCGAGAUACCAAUCCCACGUGGUGGUCCACAUAGGGCAUGUGUUGUUGCUAAUGAUAAGCUCCUUGUUAUUGGUGGUCAAGAAGGAGAUUUUAUGGCCAAACCUGGAUCACCUAUAUUUAAAUGUGUUAGAAGAAGUGAGAUGGUGUACAGCGAUGUAUACAUGCUUGAUGAUGAAAUGAAGUGGAAGGAACUUCCACCCAUGCCGAAGCCAGAUUCACAUAUAGAGUUUGCCUGGACGAAUGUCAACAAUUCUAUAAUUAUUGCUGGGGGAACUACAGAAAAGCACCCAAUUAAUAAAAGAAUGACCUUGGUUGGUGAAGUCUUUCGGUUCAAUUUGGAGACACUGGAAUGGAGUGUGAUCGGGCGGUUACCUUUCCGGAUCAAGACCACGUUGGUAGGAUACUGGGAUGGCUGGCUGUAUUUCACUUCCGGGCAACGAGACAAGGGCCCAAGCAACCCAUCUCCUAAAAAGGUUGUCGGGUGCAUGUGGAGAACUAAGUUGCACCUGUGAUUUUUCUAAAGGAGAACUGAUUUUAGCAGAGCAUUCUUUCAGUAUUCUUUUUCGAUCCCCCCCCCCCCCCCCCC